UGUUGGCAAAUAUAAAACCUGAUUUGAUAUUUUUUUUGUGUUUGUAUUUUAUCGUUUGAAUUUUAAUUUUAACAAAGAUUUUGUUAAAAUAGAAAAAAUUCAAAAAUAAAUAAUGUCAUCGAAGCGAAGAAAAUCAGCACCACCAAAUAAACUAUCAUGUUCACCAAUACAAUCCGAUACAAUAUCUAUGGAUAAUGAUGAUCAACAACAACAGGAACAGGAAAACAUUGAUCAUGAAUUGAAUAAUUUUAUUUGUAUGGAUUCAAAUGAUAAUGUAGAAGAUAUUGAAUAUCUGAAUCCUGAAGAAGAAGAAGAAGAUGAUGAAAAAGCAACAGCAACAACAACAACACCGAUUUCAUUAAAAUCAGAAAUGAAUAAAAUAGAUAUUCCAACACCAUCAUCAACAACAGCAACAUCAUCAUCAUUUGUUAAUCGUUGUAAAGUAUUUGAAGAAUUGAUUGAAAAUUGUAAACUAAAUUGUAUAAAAGAAUCAUUAAUACAAUCGAAUGAAAUUAGCAGUAAUGGACAAAUGGAUAAGAAUACAAUAUUAAUGGCUGAAAAACGUUUGAAUCAAAUUAUUGAUCAAUUAUCACGUUUACGUCAACGUUUUAUUCGUAAUGAAUCAUCAAACAUAAUUGAAGAUGAGUUUCUAAAAACUCUAGAUGUUUCCGCUUCCGGAACAUCAUCAUCAUCAUCAUCGUCGUCGUCGUCGUCUGUAUCAUCGAUUUUAGAUCAUAACAAUAUUCAAUCACAACAUCCAAAUUCCGAUUUAUUAUCAAUACAUUCAACACAAUCGACAUCAUCAUUUUCUCAUCAUCCAUUGAUAGUAUCAACAACACCCGAGGAAUUAAAUUUUAAUAAUUUACAACAAGAAUCCGAACCAUUGUUGGAUUCAACUAUUAACAUAUCAAAUGAAACAGAUAUUCUUCAACGAAUCUAUCGACAUCUGAAUAUGCAAUAUCUAAAUUCAAAUAAAGAUAAUGCUAAACAAACAAAAAUCAAACCAAUUUUAUCGCCAUCGAUUGAUCACAAUAACAAUAAUAAUAAUAACAAUGAAACAACAAUGUUUCAAUUAUGGGAAAAAUAUCAACAGCAAAAUCAAUCGGAUUUGAUUUUGAAUCCAGAUGUUUUACAUUUGAAAACGGCCAUUCAACAACAACAACAACAAUAUCUACAGGAUAAUAUUCUUGCUUCAUCAAAAAAUUCGUUAAAUCAUUCAACACAAAAAACCAAUACUGAUUCAUUAUAUGAAUCUUUAUCAGCCAAUGUUCAAACCCUUAAUUCACGUCAAUCACCAACUAAUACGAAUAUGAAUCGAUUAAUUGAAUCUUCAAAUGUCCAUUUUCGAAAUACUUCAUCGAAUAAUAAUAAUAAUCAUCAUCAACAUCAUCAUAUUCAUUCUGAUUCUAAUGCUGUACAACAGUAUUUAUCACAAAACAAUCUUUUACAUCGAAUAGGUACAGAUAAUCCACCAACGACAUCGAAUCUGGGAAAUUAUCUUCAUGAUCGGUCAAGUAAUUUGUUUCUAAGCAAUUUACUUUUAUCAUCACAUCAACAUUUUCAAUCAAAUUCAGAUUCUCAUAGUCAAAUUAAAUUAGCAGCACAAGCGGCAGCUGCAGCAAUGGCUGUAAGAAAUUCAACAGCAGAAACAGCAAUUAAUCCCGAAAUGUUUGAUCUCGAAAAAAUGUCUCAUUCAAUUUUAAAUCAUUAUAAUGCUUCUGUAUUAAUGCCAAGUUUAUUGAAUAAUUUUCCUGAGCGAAAAUCUAAUUCUAAAAAUGAAAUAUUUAACAAUAAUAACUCUAAUCAUCAUCAUCAUCAAAAUUUUACUGAAUCUCCAAUUGAUCAACAAGAAACGAACAAAGAAUCAUCAUUGUUGAUGAAUCAAUUACAAAAAUCGGAUAAAAGCAACGAUAAAACAAUGAUAAAAAAAUCAAAAUUAAAAGAUUCAUCAACUUUUUCGACAAAUAACCGUUUCAUUUCGAAACAUUGUUCUGACAAAAAAAAUAAUUGUUAUCCCGAACAAAACAAUAUUGUAGAAACUAAUGUUGUCCCCGAAUCGAUCGUGAUUACUCGAAUGAACAAUAAUAAAAAUCGAUCAGGAUCUAGUAAAAAAUCUAGUACAGAAAAUCGAAACAAUGUUGAAGUUCCAUUUAUGCCAAGAAAUCCACAUGAACGUGGUCAUAUAAAACGACCAAUGAAUGCAUUCAUGGUUUGGGCGAAAGAUGAACGACGAAAAAUAUUAAAAGCCUGUCCCGAUAUGCAUAAUAGUAAUAUUUCAAAAAUAUUAGGUGCCCGUUGGAAAGCAAUGACAAGUGUUGAGAAACAACCAUUCUAUGAAGAACAAUCAAGAUUAUCACGUGUGCAUAUGCAACAACAUCCAGAUUAUCGAUACCGUCCACGACCAAAACGUACCUGUAUUGUUGAUGGCAAAAAAUUACGCAUAUCUGAAUAUAAACAAUUGAUGAGAUCCCGGCGGCAAGAAAUGCGUACAUUAUGGUAUCGUGAUGGUAUUCCUGUCAAUCAGAAUAUAAUGACCAAUUCUUCAAAUGAUCUGGAUAGUUGUUUGACAACAAGUAAUAAUGAAUUGACAACAAAAACUGACAUUUCUAUGACAUCACCAUCAUCAUCUAGUUCAUCAUCAUUAUCAUCACCAAUAUCUUCGAUUUCUUCUCCGACAUCAUCUUCACCUUUGAUCAAUUCACCAAAAAGUAGAAACAAUUCAGUAAUCAUUGAUUUUAAUCAUUCAACAACAAAUAUGGCAUCCAAUCCCCGAUAUAAAAAACAUUAUAAGCAUCAUCAACAACGAAUGAUAAUUAAAUCGCCACAACAACAUGCUAGCAAAGAUGAUGUUUCCGAAGACGACUUUGACAAUGAUGAUGAAGAUUUAAUCGAAUAAAAUCACCAUACCGAAUUCGAAUUAUUACCAAAAGGUCCAAAAACAAAUUUGACAUUUAUACAAAAAAGAACAACCAAUCAUAAAUGAUUGAUUCAUUUUGAUCACCAAUUUUGUUUCUGAUGAUCAAUUUUGAUUACAAACCACAAACACACACACACGCGUUCACAAUGAAUCAAAUACUUGCAUCCUCCUCUUCCUUUCAAAAAAACCCCAAUAUUUUUCAUUCUAAAAUUAGAUUUAAAUUGUUAAAUUUCAAUCUCUCGCUUUCGAAUCAUAAUCAUCAUCAUUUGUCAAACAUCCCCAAAAAGAAAUGGAUUGGGAAUUUUUUUUUUAAUUUUGUUUGCUUUGCUAUUCUCUCAAUACAUUGUUAAAUUUUUU